CUUCUUUAUUGUCAAAUAAGAAUUAAUGCUAAAUCGGUGUCUUAUUAACUGAUAAACCAUUGAAACUAUUUAAGAUAAAUGUAAUCAUCAAUUAUUACUCGCAGUGAAAUCCAACUAGAUAUUACUGUUAUAUAUUUUUAUUAUAUCAUAUUAUAUUUGCUAUUAUGGCUCAAACAUACUUAGGUUUACAAAUUUGUAAAACUUAAAAAAAAAUGUAACUUUAAGUUCGGUUUUCGAAUCUUAUAUAGAAAUGUAUUUUGAAAUAAUGGUCCGACAUUGUAAGAAAAUCCUUCGAAUACUUUUGCUCCGACAACAAUUACUGCGAAUACCUGGUAACGAAAUUAAGAUUUUACUUUUAUGCUCCACGUAACCUUAUUUGAUGUAAUAAAUUUUUAAGUGAUUGAAAUAAUUUAGUAUGCAAUGUCAUAAAAUUUGGAUUGCUCUUUGCAUUUAUAUAUAAAUUGUUUAUAAUCUACUGCAAUAUUAAUUAAUUUUUCGAGGAAACAGGUUAGAUUUUUAAAACUCAUUUAUUUUAGACUAUUUAUAAUUGUUAAAAUUAUGUAUCUGCCAAAUAUAACAAGAACUAUUUUUUAUAUGAUUAAAUUUAAAAAAUAUUUGAAGUAUAUUUUUAUAAUUGUAUUAUGGCUAAUAUAUUACUUUGGGAUCUUUACUCAUUUCUUUGAACUGGAUUAUUAUAAACACUUUUCAUACCCAUUGGAAACUGAUAUAAAAAGUUGCAUUUUAAAUUUAAAAGGGUUCAUACCUGAGCAACUGUCUUGCAAAAUUAUUAACCCAUAUGAAUUCAAUUUGUUGUUGACAAAUAAUAAAUGUGAUCAAAAUGUACAUUUAUUGAUAUUAGUUAAAUCAGCACUAUGCAAUUUUGAGAAAAGAGCAAGUAUUAGAAAAACUUGGGGUUUUGAAAAUAGAUUUUCUAAUAGGCCUACUAGAACAAUAUUUGUCAUAGGAACCACUAAUGACAUGAACUUACAAAAACUUGUACAAAUUGAACAUGAAAAUUAUGGUGAUAUUGUGCAAUAUAAUUUUGUAGAUGAUUAUUAUAAUAAUACUUUGAAGACUUUAGGUGCCAUUACUUGGGCAUCAACAUUUUGUAGAAAUUCCACUUAUUAUUUCUUUUCUGAUGAUGAUAUGUAUGUAUCAAUAAAAAAUUUAUUUCAAUACUUGCAAAAUCCAUUUGAGUAUCCAAAUAAUAUAAUUAAUGAAGUAGUGAAAUCUCAAUCCAUACAGGAAGUAUCAGAAACAUUUUACUCUGGAUAUGUUUUUAAUUCAUCGCCAUUUAGAAGUCAUACAAGUAAAUGGUACGUUUCACUUUCCGAGUACCCAUAUCACAUGUGGCCUACUUAUGUCACCGCUGGUGCAUAUAUUAUGUCUCGUUCAACUUUGAUUGAAUUCCAUUAUGCCAGUUUCUUCACCAAAAGAUUUCGUUUUGAUGAUAUAUAUUUAGGUAUAUUAGCAAAAAAAUUAAAUAUUACUCCACUUCAUUGUAAGCAUAUUUAUUUUUAUAAAAAGCAUUAUAGUAUUACAAAUUAUAAAUAUGUAAUUGCUAGUCAUGGUUAUGAUAACAGUGAUGAAUUACUAAAUGUUUGGUUAGAACAAAAAAGUUUUGGUAAUGCAUAAAAAUAUUUUGAUAUUCAAUACAUAAGAUUAUGAGUUAGUGAUCAACUAAUAAAUACAUAUAAAUGACAAUA